AGGUGUGUGUUGGGGCGGAGGAGCUCACCAACUUUGGCUGCUGAGUGUGCUUUCCACUCCUAGCCGAAAGUAGCCUCGAGCUCUCUUCAACCACCCGAGGCUGGUCUGAAACCUGCAGGACCCGACCAGGCAAUUCAGUCCAACAACAUACCUUAUUAGACUGCUCAAUCCGGAGCGCAGCACAGCUCCUUUCUGUGGUGACAAUGUCCAAGGACGAGAGCGACGCCAGCCAGAGUGCUACGCAAGACGACGAUGAGCCAGACGAGUGGGACAAGCGCAUCUUCAGCACCGGCUGUGCCGACGAGAAUGCGAAACUGACCGACUGCUACUUUGACAAGAAGGACUGGCGGCAGUGCACGCAGGAGGCAAGUCUUUCCACGAUCGGGGCUGCUGCCUGGAUUCGAGCUGACGGCAGACCGCUGGCUCCGGUUACGGAAUGCAGAUGGCCACGUUCAAGGAGUGCUGGAAGAGGCACAACAAUGACCAGAGGACUUCGACAAAAGACGCAUGAGCAUAGUCCACAGCAUCACUGCUGCAGGAUUGGUUCAACUUGUAGAUUAUGUUGUACAUCAUUACAUUUCGACCCGCAAAUGCCACUGGCAAGUUUCCCAUUUAACAACAGAGGCGGAAUCGCGCCUGCGCCACAGGCUUCACGAAUUUGAUGUUUGAGUGAGAAUACCGCUAGGUUUAUCAUGCUACUGGUAAUCAUGGGCAUUUUCACUUUCACGCAUGCUUUGCUCUCAGGUCAUCGAGAAA